CCUGAACAGACCCCAGCUGUAACGUUACAUCCUCCUGAACAGACCCCAGCUGAGUGUAACGUUACAUCCUCCUGAACAGACCCCAGCUGAGUGUAACGUUACACCCACCUGAACAGACCCCAGCUGUAACGUUACAUCCUCCUGAACAGACCCCAGCUGUAACGUUACAUCCUCCUGAACAGACCCCAGCUGUAACGUUACAUCCUCCUGAACAGACCCCAGCUGUAACGUUACAUCCUCCUGAACGGACCGCAGCUGUAACGUUACAUCCUCCUGAACAGACCCCAGCUGUAGCGUUACAUCCUCCUGAACAGACCCUAGCUGUAACGUUACAUCCUCCUGAACAGACCCCAGCUGUAACGUUACAUCCUCCUGAACAGACCCCAGCUGUAAUGUUUCAUCCUCCUGAACAGACCCCAGCUGUAACGUUACAUCCACCUGAACAGACCCCAGCUGUAACGUUACAUCCACCUGAACAGACCCCAGCUGUAACGUUACAUCCUCCUGAACAGACCCCAGCUGUAACGUUACAUCCUCCUGAACAGACCCCAGCUGUAACGUUACAUCCUCCUGAACAGACCCCAGCUGUAACGUUACAUCCUCCUGAACAGACCCCAGCUGUAACGUUACACCCUCCUGAACAGACCCCAGCUAUAACGUUACAUCCUCCUGAACAGACCCCAGCUGUAACGUUACAUCCUCCUGAACAGACCCCAGCUGUAACGUUACAUCCUCCUGAACAGACCCCAGCUGUAACGUUACAUCCUCCUGAACAGACCCCAGCUGUAACGUUACAUCCUCCUGAACAGACCGCAGCUGUAACGUUACAUCCUCCUGAACAGACUCCAGCUGUAACGUUACAUCCUCCUGAACAGACCCUAGCUGUAACGUUACAUCCUCCUGAACAGAUCCCAGCUGUAACGUUACACCCACCUGAACAGACCCCAGCUGAGUCUAAAAUUAUCCUGAUAAAGAAGGGCUAUGACUUGAGGUCUCCGUGACAACGUCAUCAGGAUAACAGAUAAGAUUGAAGGGAUAGGAUGUCUCUACUGUCUCCUGUCUGCUGCUGUUCAGAUAAGAAGUCUCUACGGUCUCCUGUCUGCUACUGUUCAGAUAAGAAGUCUCUACUGUCUCCUGUCUGCUACUGUUCAGAUAAGAAGUCUCUACGGUCUCCUGUCUGCUGCUGUUCAGAUAAGAAGUCUCUACUGUCUUCUGUCUGCUCCUGUUCAGAUAAGAAGUCUCUACGGUCUCCUGUCUGCUGCUGUUCAGAUAAGAAGUCUACUGUCUCCUGCUG